UGGUAUGCAUGCAGCUGCAUAUACAGUAUCAAGAACAAAGCAUUGAGCUACGCUCUAAUUAGUAACCAUGUCUUUCUUAUGCUUGAGAAAUGGUGUUGUGGGGGGGCUUGUCCGAUCAAAAUGCCUAUUUCUCUUGUUUUUAACGGUAUGUUGUACUCCUCCAGAGGAGCCAAUCAAGUGUAAGUCCGAGAACACAGACUGCACCAUAACAAACUCUUAUGGUACGUUCCCCGAUCGCAGUGUGUGUAGAGCUCACAGUGUGGUGUACCCCACAAAUGAGGAAGAGCUCAUUUCGGCGGUGGCUUCUGCAACCAAGAAAGGGUCAAAAAUAAAGGUGGCAACCCGUUACUCUCACAGCAUUCCCAAGCUAGUUUGUCCAAGCGGCCAAGAUGGGCUGCUCAUAAGCACCAAAAAUUUGAACCGUGUACUGAAGAUCGAUGAAGAAGCAAAGACGAUAACCUUGGAGGCUGGUGUGACAAUGAAAGAGCUUAUAAAUGAAGCUGCCAAUGCAGGGCUUGCCUUGCCAUAUACACCCUACUGGUUGGGCUUGACCAUUGGAGGUUUGUUAAGUACUGGUUCCCAUGGCAGCACAUUGUGGGGUAAAGGAAGCUCGGUUCAUGAUUAUGUUACCGAACUUAAAAUUGUCAGCCCAGGAAGUCCUGAAGAUGGAUAUGUCAAGGUCCGGGUACUCAAGGAUGGUGAUGAAGAACUUGAUGCGGCCAGAGUUUCACUUGGAGUCUUGGGAGUUCUUUCACAGGUGACUCUGAGACUGGAGCCAAUGUUCAAGCGAUCCAUUACUUACAAGACCAAGACCGAUUCCGACUUGGGAGAUGAAAUAGCAAGCUUUGGCAGUAAACAUGAGUUUGCAGACAUAAUUUGGUACCCAAGUCAGCAAAAGGCCGUGUAUAGAGUCGAUGACCGAGUCCCCACUAGCACUUCUGGCGAUGCUUUAUAUGACUUCAUCCCUUUCCGCUCCACACUCUCCCCCAUCCUUGGAAUUAUUAGAGUCACAGAGGAGGGUCAGGAACUUUUUCAUGAUGGUCAAGGGAAAUGCGUAGUUGCAAAGGGGGUCACUUCCUAUCUCUCACUUAACAAAUACGGUUUGACCAAUCAUGGUAAAAGGGGCUAUCCCAUGGUCGGAUAUCAAAACCGGCUUCAAGCAUCUGGGUCGUGCCUGGAAGGAAAAGCGGAAGGGGAAGUGGAAUUGGAAGUGGAAGAGGAAGAUGAAGAUGCAGAGAACUUCAUAUGGAGUUCUUGCCCAUGGGACCCAAGAGUGAAAGGCGAAUUCUUUUUCCAAACCACAUUCAGUAUUGGGUUGUCCUCUGUUAAGAACUUCAUUCAAGAUGUGCAAGAGCUUGUUAAGCUACGACCGAAGGCUCUGUGUGGCCUUGAACUCUACAAUGGGAUUCUCAUGCGCUAUGUUACAGCCUCCAGCGCUUACCUGGGCAAAGAAGAAGAUGCAGUUGACUUCGAUAUGACAUAUUAUCGAAGCCACGAUGCAAUGACUCCUAGGCUUUACGAGGAUGUCAUUGAAGAAAUAGAGCAAAUGGCAUUGAUCAAAUACGGGGCAUUGCCGCAUUGGGGAAAGAAUCGCAACAUAGCGUUUGAUGGGGUGAUUAAAAAGUAUAAAAAAGCUGACAAGUUCUUGGCUGUAAAGAAAUCGUAUGAUCCAAUGGGGCUCUUCUCUAGUGAAUGGACCGACCAAGUUCUUGGACUGCAGGAUGGGAUAACCAUUGUCAAGGAAGGUUGUGCACUGGAAGGUUUGUGCAUAUGCCAAGAGGAUAUUCACUGUGCUCCAAGCAAGGGCUAUUUCUGUACUACUGGUCAAGUUUUCAAGGAUGCAAGGGUUUGUUCUCGUGGAAAUCAAGUAGGUGAUGUCCUCGUCGACAUCAAGUAAUUGAUCUUAGAAGCCGUGUUUAUGUCGAGUAGUAGCCCUCGAUGGCUCGAUCCUUUGUUCUAUAAAUAAAGUAAAUAUGUCAGAGAUCAAGCUAAAGGCUGGAGGACUCUCUCUGGCGUAUCUUGGCUCUUGUAAUAAAUAAACCAUGAAGGAUAUAAAGUAAAUAUGUCAGAGAUCAAGCUAAAGGCUGGAGGACUCUCUCUGGCGUAUCUUGGCUCAUAAACCAUGAAGGAUCUUAUUCCUACUACUACUUAAUAAAUAACCUGUUUGAUAAA